UCGAACCUCGUGCGCGCGGGAGAAGAGAGAUAGAGAGAGAGAGAGACCCUCCAUGUGCAGAGGUCGGGGCCUGGGCAAGCAUCUAACAAUCGAGGACUAAUGGCGACCGAUUCGAUGCAAUUUCUGGUUUUCAGGAUCUUCUUCUUCUCCAAUCGACACAGUAGUGAGAAAUGGAGAGUAAUGUCAUCAGGCAAGGGAGAUCCCUGGAGGAAACGCCGACGUGGUCUGUUGCGUCAGUUACCACGGUUAUGGUUUUCGUCUGCUUGCUUGUCGAAAGAUCCAUUUACCGAUUUGGCAAGUGGUUGAAGCAGACCAGGAGGAAAGCUCUGUUUGCUUCAUUGGAGAAGAUUAAGGAAGAGUUGAUGCUGCUUGGGCUUAUAUCAUUGUUUUUGGGGCAAUCGGCAACAUGGAUUUCUGAGAUAUGCGUGAACUCGUCUCUUUUCAGAAGUCAAUUUUAUCAGUGUUCGGAAGAGGAUUAUAGUAUCAAUGAGAAUAUUUUCAUGGAAAGAACUUCUACAUUUCUUAAUGAGAGUGACAUUCCUCCAGAAGGGCUUGGGUAUUCACCAUCUCAUGGAUGUGGCGAGGGUCGUGAACCAUUCGUUUCUUAUGAAGGUCUUGAGCAACUUCAUCGGUUCUUAUUUGUUCUUGGUAUCACUCAUGUCUUGUAUAGUUGCAUUGUUGUUGGUUUAUCUAUGACUAAGAUUUACAGCUGGAGGAAAUGGGAAAAUCAAGCAAGCCUGGCGCUUGAUGCAAACUUGCAAGCAAGAGUCAACAAGGUGAUGAGGCGGCAAUCCACAUUUGUAUUACAUCAUGCGUCUCAUCCAUGGAGCAAGAGCCGAAUUUUAAAUUGGAUGCUUUGCUUCCUACGACAGUUUAAGAGUUCGAUAAAGAAAUCAGAUUACUUGGCCCUUCGUAGGGGGUUCAUCACUAAACAUCAACUCCACAUAUCUUACAAUUUCCAUAGAUAUAUGGUCAGAAGCAUGGAAGAUGAAUUCUAUGUAAUGGUGGGAAUCAGCUGGCCACUAUGGGGUUACGUCAUAGUCUGCAUCUUUGUGAACAUUCAUGGCCUGAAUAUUUACUUCUGGCUUUCUUUCAUCCCUGUAGUUCUUGUGAUGUUGGUUGGAACAAAACUUCAACAUGUUGUUUCAUUGUUGGCUCUUGGAAUAAAGGAGCCAAGUGGAACUCAAAUCAAGCCGCGUGAUGAUCUCUUCUGGUUUGGGAAACCUGAAAUUUUGUUAAGGCUGAUUCAAUUCAUAUCAUUCCAGAAUGCUUUUGAGAUGGCAACAUUCAUAUGGUCAAUUUGGGGAUUUCCACAAAGAGCGUGCUUCAUGAAGAAUCAUGCAAUGAUCAUAGUUCGAUUAGUUAGUGGAGUGAUAGUCCAAUUUUGGUGCAGUUACAGCACAGUACCUCUGAAUGUACUUGUUACACAGAUGGGUUCAAAAUGCAAGAAAGCUGUAAUUGCAGAGAGUGUAAGAGAAUCUCUACACAGCUGGUGCAAGAGAGUGAAGGAGAGGUCAAGGCUGCUGCACUCUAUCACCACAAGAUCCACUUGUUCCCUAGACUAUACAGUCGAUGAAAGGGAUCAUGAUCACGACGAGAUCAUAACCGUCGGUUCUGGCACUCUAUCAAGGUCCUCGUCUACGGGGAACGGCGUAGUUGACGAUAAGAACUUAACCGAAAAUCAUCAACAACAACUGCAGCUUGAGUUUCUUGAGACAACCGAACCAACUCCUCAUAGUUCACUUGAUGUUCUUCAAUCUGAUGAAACUAGUAACAUGAAUGUAGAAGAUGACAAUAAGGUCCCUCACACUCAUAUUGAUUUUUUCAAAUGAGGGUUGAUUUUUGUAACAAAAUCAGAAUCAAUUUCACUCAUAAGGAUCUCUUUACAAAACAGUUGUGAUCAUAUUAUGGGUGAAGAAACCC